UUACAAUAGACUCUGUUCCUGAAAGAUUUUAUGUCUACAAAAGGCCGCAUGUGGACUUCUUUCUUAGUGUAGUUAGCCAAUGGUUUGAGUUGGUAGUCUUCACAGCAAGUAUGGAGAUCUAUGGAUCGCCCGUCGUUGAAAAAUUAGAUAACGGUAGAGGCUUACUUCAAAGAAGAUACUAUAGACAGCAUUGUACGUUAGACUCAGGGAGCUAUACAAAGGAUUUAUCAGCAGUACAUCCAGAUCUCUCAAGUAUAUUCAUCGUGGAUAACUCUCCCGGUGCUUACAGGCUCUUUCCAGAUAACGGCAUCCCCAUUGUAUCAUGGAUGUCCGAGCCGAGCGACACGGGGCUUCUCAAUCUUCUUCCUUUCCUAGACGCCCUGCGCUUCACGGGCGACAUCCGCUCCGUUCUUCGGCGAAACACGAGCCUUUCGCCACCCAUGCAUCUGCCCUCCUCAUAGCACCCCUCUAAAGUAUACUUUUUAAUCUAAAUCCGGGUCGUGAUUCACAAAGAGUUAUGAGUGACUAAAAAAAAAUACUUAAACUUCCUGUGCGGUAUUUAAUACAUCGCCUCGUUGGUCAGACCGUGCUUGACACGCACUACGGCGUAGUUUUCAGGCGUUGGAUACUCUGUUCGCAUCGUCAUUUAUUCAUGACUCUGAGUCACGCUUAACUCUUCGUGAAGCACUGCCCUGGUAGGCGUUUCAUGAAGCUGUUCGCAAGUUACGAGUGACUUUGCGACUGGUGAUUCUUUCUUGUGGUAAAUAAUAUGCACCAAAUUUUCACUGGUGUUGAUUUUGCUCCUAGGAAAGGAUCACCAGUCGGUUAAGUCGCACGUAACUUACAAAUAGCUUUAUGAAACACCAUCUGGAUUCCUUUUUUUUCAUGUUUUAUUAUGUUUUAUGGUUGAAUAUAUUGUCAUAUUUUUCUGUGUGUUCAUGAAAGUUGUACAGUUGUAAAUAUAUUUAGAUUUUGAUGACUUCUGUUAAGCCCCCGUCCCUGUAUUUUAAGUUGUUUUUGCAAAUGAUCAUAGGCAGUCGUCUUUAUACGUAAGCAUCGGCGUUUUUAUGUUUAAGAGUGCUGAUAAAGAGUCUCGCCCUUUAGAAUUUUUUUUUUCUUGAAUCAGGUCAUGUUUUGCAAGAAACCAGUAUUAAUGCUUAAAAAGCACACAUAAUGGUUGAUAUUUAGUUGCGUUUGUCUGCUUAAAAAUUAGUCCAUCUUAUUUGCAAUUUGCUGCUUGUACUUAUAAUAUGCAAUAGGGACAUGAAGCAGAUAUUGGUUAGCAAUCAUGUGUGACUUAACUGACUGAGGACCUAAUGAUGUAAUUCCAUUGUUCAAAGUAUCAAGAGUAUUGUUAUGAAUAGGAGUUGGUGUUUAAUUGCAGCUAUGUACCACACAUCAGGGCAAGGGUGUGAGGGGGAGGGGGCAGUGGUCUACCGCCCCUUAUGAUUUUACAAGUAUUGAAAAAAAGAAAAAGGGAGAAAGAAAGAAUACAAUACGAAUAGAUAGGAUUGGUCACUGGGUUGUGUUUAUUUGAUGACAAUCAUAGUAUUCAAUCGAGGAAACAAAUUAAGUUGGCUUACCCCCCCCCCCCCCUCCCCCAUUGAAAUACCCUGGCUCUGUCCCUGCACCAGGCGGCCGUUUAACAAAACUGUUCAUAAAGUUGCGUAUGACUUUACAGAGUACUGGAAUAUGAAUUACCAUUAGGGGGGAGCCAAAAGUAUUUCCUGACAUAUCAAUCUUUGUUUUCAAAUUAUUUAAGUAAAAGUAUGUUUAAUGGUCUAAUUUACACUUAAAAUAUAUUUUCAUGCCUGUCAGAGGGCGGUAGGAUCCAUGUGCAUUGCAAUUUCCCAAUUCCUGUAGCGCUGGCAUUAUCAAGGGCUUAGACCCAAGCACAUGCUACUUAAAAGCACGCUCAAGCGUUAACGCUCACGUGCCCAUUUGUGUUUCUGACCAAUAGGAAUUGGAAUUGACGUACGCAUACAUCGCCCCUAUGACCACCAGGCAACAAUAUGUUUCAGUAGUUUUAUCUUUCAAAUUCAAUGCAUAUAUGAUUAUGUAAUAGAGAACCCCCAUGGCUUUCCAUAUGCAUUUCAUUUGUAUUACCAUGUGUACCUUUACAAAACAGCCGUAUGAAAUUAGAUCUAAUUUGAAUCUAAAGACAUAUAUGGGUAAUGAUAAUUUUCUCCCUUAUGUUAUAAUACUCUUUCUCUCUCUCUCUCACUCUUUCUCUCUUUCCAUCACUCUUCCCCCCCUCCCCCCUUCUCUCAAACAGUUGUGAUUGAUCCAAACCAGAUCAUGACAAUGGCUAUCCAGAGUUGAGAGUUAUGAUUAAUUGUACAAUUGAUUUGAUUUUUCAUGAUAAAGGGCACUGAUCUUUAAAAAUAGACGACUGUGAUAAAUGAAAUGCAAUUUCUAUGAAUGCGAAUGAUAUCUGUUAAUACUUAUGUCCUUUUUUAUAUAGUGCUUGUGGUCUAAAUAUGAGAACCUUUACAGCUUUUCUUUCCUUUGCAAAUCAUGAAAUUGCUAUAAAAAAAAAACAUAGAACAGGUGAUUUUUUUAACGUUUUUAUUUCCACUUCAUGUUUGCUGAAAUUUAUUUGUAGCGAAAUGCAUAGACAAUCAUUUGGAUUAUGCAAACUGAUUUUUAUUUUACUUUGAGUCUUAUCACUUUGUAUUUUUACAUCAUUUUCAUGGAUGACCGCACAAAUGUUUUGGGAUUGCCAUGCACGAUUCGAAUGUGAUGCGAUUGCUUUCAAACUUAAGUUUAAUAUUCCAAUGGAUGGUGGGUCAUUGAGGUUCAUACAAAGUCCCAUAUUGUAUGUUUGCAUAUUGAUAGUGUUCAAUUUGCUGAAUGCAUUGUUAUUCAUUAUAAAAUGGGUAUCAUGCAUAAGUAAUUACUGACGCAUGGCUAUCCAUAAGUCGGUAAUUACUUAAGCAUGGUUUAAAAAAAAUUGAUUUUUAGCAAAAAAAAUUCCACCAUUCUAUAAAACAAAUGAUACAUAGGUUUGUUCGUGCAUCAGUAGGACUAGUGAGCAUGCAGUAACUAUGGAAACUAGUCUAAACCCACUCUGCGAGUUCCAUAGAUGAUGAUGAUGAUGGGUUCUUGUAUAGCGCCGGUAUCCGCCUCAGCUGGGCGCUCAUGGCGCUUGCUCAAAAAUAGGAAAUAUCUCACAAAUUUCAAUGUCUUCAAACAGUGCUUAGGAUCAUCAUUCACUCAUAGUUACCUUAUGCUCACAGAACCUACUGAUGCACUCACUUCUGUGCAUUGAUUUGCAUACAGAUAUAUUUCCUCAACGUAUCCAUUAAGCCUGCUGCACACUACACGAUCCAUCUACGAUGCAAUUUUUAAAAAACAAAUCACAUUUUGCAUUGAAUAUGAAAGUUCCAAGAAUGAAACUUAUUAUGUUUGAAGUUCGGCAUAAUGCUAUGAUUACUAACAUCCAAAUUCUGUUUUGCUGCAAGCCUUGAGGUUCGAGGAAAGUCCAAAUCGGCUUCAAUUUGCAGCCAAUUAUGACAUUACAAUUUGGGUCUAAUUUGCUUUUUUCCUUCAGGAUGCCCAAAAUAAAGUAGAAUUUUAAUUUCAAUAUUCAUAUCAUUGUUCGGAACUCCACUCGUCAGCAUUUUGUUGGUUGGAAUGUUUAUAUCAAAUGCUAUUACAAUUGGUUUGAAAAUUAGAUCGCAAUGGAUCGUGUAGUGUGCAUUGGGCUUUAGAGAGUGUCAUUAUGAUCUGACUAGCAGACGUCAAAAAGGGAUAAAUCCAACCGGAUCUUUAGACAAUAGUUUUGAGGGGCCGAUGAUUGUGUAUAACAAUACGGCCCCUGAAAUUACAUUGUAUCAAACCCGACUGGAUCUGCAGUUGAUGUACAUGUAUACCAAGCCCUAUACCCAACCCAUUCUUUUAUACAUGCAUUCAUCUUUGAUUUUAAAUCUUUUAUCUUUAUUAGAAAAUUAUAUGUACAACUAUGGUACAAGUGUAUUUUUCUCAUGAUCUGGCCAGUAGGAGUACAUGAAAUAAGAAAAACACUUCACUCCUCUUUAUAGAUUUUUAUUCCUACCAGAACCGUUUCAUGAAAGGACUUAACGGUUGUUUUAUCCAUUGUUUUAGUAACAGAAUUCUGUUUUUCAGUCGAUCAAACGUAAGGAAAGUUCUCAGAUUUUACUUUUAGUGACAACCAAAAAUUGAACCAAUGUUGAUUAAGUUUUCUUCAGGAAAGGUGAAAUUUGUCAAUGAAAUAUACAUGUAUUGUCAAUUUCUCUAUGAAAUAUGAAAUUAUUUUUUUGCAGCUGGUUGAUAUAAGUUAUUCACAGACUAUUAUUUUCACUUGUCAUUAUCUCUGAAACCUAUAUUCAGAAUGAUGUCAAUAUCCAUAAGAAAAUAUUAACUCUAUUUGUAUCAGAGAAAUACAGAAUUAUGUAGAGAAAGAACUAAAUUACAAUUGAGACAUCAAAGGAGAUCAAACUUUUACUAGUACCACAUGAAUCUAAGUACCAUGGGACUAAAGUCAUAUGUGACUCCCUUUUCAGCACCUAUGUAUCUUCAUUUUCCAAUGACCCAUUUGUUCUCAUAUUCAAUUGAUAUUUCUAAGGUUGAUGUAUAUUUCAAGAUUAGGAUAAAGCACCCCUCCUUUCAGCAUGCUUUGUGUAUAACUGCUCUAAUGAGUCUCAUUUGAUCGCAUGACUUAGGUUCCCAUGUGUGUAUCGUCUCUUAUUACUAUCAUGUUUAGAAUUUUACACUCUUGAUACAGUAUAUACAAAGGAGCUUGCUACACAAGAUUGAUGUUUUGUAUAUGGUGAAGAAACGUGUGAUAUUAGUUUACUUGUGUAUGAGCCCACUUUUUAAUACAUUGGGUGUUUUCAGAGUAUGUUGAGAAAAAAAAAACGCUAUUCUACUCUGACUGCCGACUUGUUUUGUAUAUUCUGAUGAAAAUGAUACCAUUUUAUGAGAACCAAAUUUAGUUUCAGAGAACCAGGGAGAGUUUACAGAGUAAAAAGAAAAUAAAAAAAAUA